AAUGAGUGCAAAUCAAUAGCCCAACUAAUAAGAACUCUCUGAUGAAGGUAAUAAUCGAGAUGGAAAUUAUUAGAAUUCAUGAAGCUUCAUGCUAAAUAAUUUUACAGAACUCAUGGUUAAUUGCUUGGAAGUUAACAAUAAUAUAUACCAGUUCCAAAGGAGAGCAAUAAUAAUGGAAAGUUUACAGAUGUAAAUAUUGUCAUUAAUAAAUAGCAUUUACUAAUGGCAUCAAUGUAUAGGAAUAAUAGUCUCAAUACUACUUGUGACAAAGAACGUUGGAUUAAUGGUUCAAAGGAUUGGAUGGAACAUUUACAAUGAAA